AUGUGCACUGUGACGUGCACGAGAGAAGAACUUGUUUCUCACACGCUGGGACUCUAUCGAAAUGAAAUGUUUCCCAGCUUAACUCCUUGUUUUUCGUCGUUCGAGAACAACGAGAACAACUAUUUAGAAGUUCAAGGAUUUUCAACCAUAACUUUGAUUAACCCAGAUUAUGAUUCCAUUGAGAAAAGCUGUUACAUGUUGAGGUUUUAA